AUGCUCAGAUUCAAGCGCGGCAUGAGAGGGUGGUCAAGAGCGCCUGCACGUGGCGGAGAGCCGGCUGUAGACCACACACUGCGAGGUUUUCACUUCCUUCCACCAACGCCCCUGAGACGGACAGAGAAGGAGAUGCCGCCCGACACCAUCGAGCUCGUCCUCCAUGGACUGAAGGGGGAGCUGAUGAUGGGGCCGGACGUGGUGUCCUUGGGCGUGAGUAUUUCGCAGAUCAAGCAGCGCCUGCUUGUCCACUCUCGACAGGAGGUCAUCAAAGGUAGCGUGACCCGGGCCCUGCAGCUGUACAACUUCAUAGCUCUGGGCGCUGUGGUGCAUUUCCUGCACAAUCGGCGCGCGGUUGACGACCUAGAGAACUUGCGAAAUCUGAGAUUCGACGAGCAGAAGGAAGGUACUGGAAAAUACUCGCCUGACACAUUGUCGCACUUGGCGCAAGUGAGGAGGAGCCUCGGUGCAGCUGGCAGCUCCAAGAGUUUGCCAUCGGACGAGACCAAAGAGGCUCAGGCAGCUCCCAGGAUUGAGCUGGUCGUGGUUGUGUUUGUGCACAUCUACGGCGUUGUGGCCUGGGGUGAUGCUUCUGCAGGCUUUGACUUGCCUCUCGUUGCUAAGCGUGGCGCAAUUCCUCUCUCGCUCACCGACCGAUUGUCUGGAGGGAUAACCUUCGUGGUUGGCAACACGCGCGCUUUCGCGGCAGUGUCGCAGUCAGGUGCAGUCACCACCUGGGGUGAUCCAGCUUGCGGCGGCAAUUCCAACAGAGUCGCAGAUCACCUGAAGUCGCGGGCCUUCCAGAUUUGCCACAAUGAGUGGGCUUUUGCUGCUUUCAGGGAGGGCGGCCAGAUUGUAUGCUGGGGUGAUCCAGACGCUGGUGGGCAGCCAGGGCUCGGAGCUGCCUUGGCAUCUGGUGUUGUGAAGGUCUGCAGCACUGAGUUUGCCUUUGCGGCCUUAAAGGAGAGUGGGCAAGUUGUCACCUGGGGCGAUGCCAGCGUAGGUGGUGACUCCAGCAGCGUCGCUCAACUUCUGCAGAGCGGCAUUGUGAAUAUUUGGGCAAAUGCUGGGGCUUUCGUGGCAGCAAAGUCGGAUGGCUCCUUGGUGAUGUGGGGUGACCCAAGCGCUGGAGGGGACAUGAAUGCCCUCAACCAGGAGGAAGCUCGUGACGUUGAAACCUUGUUCUGCAACAUCCGCGCUUUUGCAGCAAUUGCUCAAGGCGGUCGUGUGGUUGCCUGGGGUGCUCCUGGUUGUGGCGGGGACACCUCAGCUGUCGCUGCACAGCUCACGGCCGGUGUGCGGGACAUUCGGACCAACGGUCGUGCAUUUGCUGCCAUCAAGGACAACGGAGCCGUGGUCGCGUGGGGCAAUCCGGAUUUCGGCGGUGAUGCAAGUGCUGCAAGCCAUCUCAUGCGACACAGCAUCGUGGAUGUCAUCCCCAGCUUGAAGGCCUUCGCAGCUUUGAGGGAUGAUCCCAUGAGCAAUGGCUUCACUGUCAUGACGUGGGGUGAUGCCCAGACUGGUGGAGAUUCCAGCGCGGUCUCUCACAUGCUGAUCGGCAACGUCCAGCAGGUGGUGGCAAACGACUGGGCAUUUGCAGCACGAAGAGACGAUGGUGCAGUUGUUUGUUGGGGCGAUCCGGCCUCUGGGGGUGACACCUCAAUGGUUGAAGACAGAAUUCGACAAGCAGGUGGAGCCGUGGCCUUGUACAAGACCUCCCGGGCUUUCGCUGCGGUUCUGCAAGAUGGCUCCAUCUGCGCUUGGGGCGAACCGAGCUGUGGUGGGGAUUCGAAACCUGCUGAGUUUGAGCUCGGAGAUGAGAAGGUUUUGGACAUGUGUGCAAAUGAUUACGCCUUUGCUGCACGCACUUCGAGUGGAUCCGUUGUGGCUUGGGGCCACAAGCUGUAUGGAGGUCAUAUCGAGGAGGAGGCAGCCUUAAAGCUGCAAUCCGGCGUCACAAAGAUGAUCGGCAACAAGUUCUCUUUUCUUGCAAUGAAAAGAUCGGGCACGUACGUAACAUGA